AUGGAAAGAAGUCAGAUUGAUCUAAGGGUCGGACCUCGACCACUCACACGCCACACGCCGGGACAGCGAGGCCACAACUUCUCGUCUUACUUCCCAUAUGUACUGCUGCUGGUGAACAGGGGCUACAGAUUAUUUAAAAGAUUCGCCCAUCUGCUUCGCCGCGCCCGGGACUCGAACUUGGGUCUUCUCGAUUGUGAGCUACACUACCCGAUGGAGGGCCCUGCGGUGGUGCAGGCUGUGGAGGAGGUGGGCCUGCCCAGUGCCCGGCAGGAGGUGGCAGCCCCGAGGGAAACCACCACCUUCACAGGUCUCGUGCCCCACACCCAAGCCAGAGAUGUGAGACCAGGUAACCGUCCUUACAGUGCCGUGGACGUGACUGGGAUGCGCGAGAGGCUGGUGAGGGCAGUUUCCCCGCUGCAGACGGUGGAGGAGGCGCGGGGCGGGAGAGUUCACGCCUGCUCUCUGGGCGGCCCACCACCUGGACCGCCACACCCAUGCACAGGACCUCCUGCAGCGCUCCGAAAAGUUACUCCUUAUCCUCCUCCAUCUCCUCCUCUUCCUUCCUCCUCUCCAAGGCUACGAGGUCAGAGCCGCCGCACGGAGACCUACACGGAGGAACGCACCCAGUCGGCGGAGAAUUCGGUGACUCAUGGGCUGGACCAGCGCCUCGCUUCUACCCUGGAGCUCCGCACGCACCACCACCACGCCAUCAACAACACCAUAGACGAACUGGCGCUCCAGAACACCAUGAAAUCGCGACUGCAGGUGGCCCUGUUCGCGCUGGAGCUGCCAGAGAGGAACAACGAGGAGUGCAUCCACAUAAGGAGAUUUCGAUUCAGUGUGGACAGGACGCGAGACCCGGUGGUGUUUGCUCUCAACAAGGAGAAGGAGACACUGAGUACGGGUCGCAGCCUCCUGACACAGACGCUGAAGGAGACAGAGGCACAGAUCAGUCGCCUGCUGGAGGUCAAAAGGCUGCUGGAACAUGACUGGUCCGACAAACAGGAAGCCUUUCAGCUGGACCACUUCGCCGCCAAGCUGGCCAACGACCGUGUCAAGGCGCAGUUCAAGGCUGUGUCGGCGGCCCUGAACGAGGGAGUGUCUGUGCCAGACACGUGGAGACUGCGCAGCAAGGAGCAUCUGGAUGUGUGUCGCAGGGAGAUAACGACGGGGAGUCAGCUGAGGGGCGCUGCUGAUCAGGUAUGACUUCCCCAAGGUGAACUAAGGUACUGUACCCUUCACGGCAACUUUUUCGUAACACACACACACACACACACACACACACGUCCGAUUAAAGCAACUCUCAUCAUUGUAACUGAUCUGAACCUUGUAACUGAUCUGAACCUUCUUGAGGAAAACUGCACGCAGUAGCAGCAGCAGCAGCAGUAGAAGAAGAAAAAGAGACUGAGAUACAUGAAGGUGUUGUACAGCUUAACAUGAAAUGAAUGACAAACUUACUACAAGUACCUGACUCUGGAAAAGUAGAUUUCAAGAUAUAAAGGGAUCACUUCAUUAUCUAGAUUUAAAAGCAGGUCUGUCCAACUCGUGUCAGGUCGGAUCAGACAUUUUCAAGCCAUCAUCUUACAAAGAGACUUUUAUAUUUGAAGCGAUCCGCUGCUCAACUUAGUCGUUCCUAUCAUCUGACAUUUCAGAUAUCUUACGACCGGUUGUGUUAUUUGAGAGAAAUACUUU